AGCGCAGGUCUGGAUAAAGCGCUGCUCGGGAAUACACCAUUUAUUCUGGUCGGUCCAACCCUCUGUGGAUGGUUUUUUAUUAUUUUAUACAUUAUAAUAUAUGUGUAGGUAAUUUAUUUAAAUCUGCACUGUAAGAAAUAAACAUUUAUCAUCAACGGGAACCUGGGUUUUAUUUUCAGCGUGUACUCAUAUUCGACUGAUCAUCUUUCAUUCGUCGUGAUCUGACAGUGUGGGAAUGGGAAAUGAUGGAGGAUAAAGGGCCUCGUGUAGCAGACUACUUUGUGGUUGCUGGCCUCACCAACUCAUCCAAGCCUCUGGAGGAGGAUCUACACUUUGAUGAUGCUGGUCCCAAAUCUGUGAAACCCAAAGCCCCUAUCACGGAUGUCGCUGUCGUGAUACGCUCUCUGGGAGAAGAGGUACCCCCGGGCUUCACCUGUGUUGAAACUACCCCCUCAGGCCUUUCUGCAGAGCUCAAUGGAGCCAGUCUAAGGGGCCCACAGAUCUUCUUGUGCUUUAAGCGAGGCAGAGAUAAGCCUCCACUGACAGAUCUCGGGGUUCUGUAUGAGUGGAAAGAGAAGCUCAAACCCGGAUGUCACAUCGUUCAGACCACACCCUCAGGCCGCCCUGCAAACAUCAGCAGCUCGUCCUCCCAACGCAUCUACAUCACCUACCGCCGUGCACCAAAGAGCCAGCCACACACCUCAUUGGCUGUCACCGAUGUCUGCGUUAUCAUCCCCGGCAAAGGGGAAACACCCCCUCACACCUUCUGCAAGGUGGACAAGAACCUCAACAGCAGCAUGUGGGGAUCCUCAGUCUACCUUUGUUACAAGAAGUCUCUGGCUAAAGCAAACACAAUCGCAUACAAAGCAGGUCUUUUGUGUAGGUACCCCGAAGAGGACUAUGAGUCCUUUCCACUGCCAGAGUCAGUGCCUAUGUUCUGCCUGCCCAUGGGGGCAAUGAUCGAGUGCUGGCCUGCACACACCAAACACUCCCUGCCUGUGUUUUCCACAUUUGUACUAACGGGAGCCUCUGGAGAAAAGGUGUACGGAGCAGCUAUCCAGUUCUAUGAGCCUUACCCAGAGGAGAACCUGUCUGAGCGUCAGCGCUCACAGCUCGGCCUGCCAAGCUCUGAUCUCAGACCUGACGAGACCAGAAAUGUUUACACCAACAAGAGCAUCUGCUUGCUCUCCCAUUGGCCCUUCUUCCAGUCCUUCAGGAGCUUUCUCACCUUCCUCUACCGAUACUCCAUCUCUGGGCCACAUUCCCUGCCUAUUGAAAAGCACAUCUCUCACUUCAUGCAAAAUGUGCCGUUUCCCUCCACUCAGAGACCGCGCAUCCUAGUCCAGCUGUCGCCACAUGACAGCCUGAUGCUGAGCCAACCUGUGUCCUCUCCACUCCCACUCAGUGGGGGAAGCCUCUCCACGUUGCUCCUGAAUCUGGGCCCCAAAAAUGCUGCCACUCUGCUCGUGUUGGCUGUCACAGAGCACAAGAUCCUGGUUCAUUCCCUGCGCCCCGCUGUACUCACCAGUGUAACCGAGGCCCUUGUGUCUAUGAUUUUUCCCUUCCACUGGCCAUGUCCAUACAUCCCUCUGUGCCCGCUGGCUCUGGCAGAUGUUCUUAGUGCACCAUGCCCUUUCAUUGUGGGCAUGGACUCCCGGUACUUUGAUCUUUACGUCCCCCCGGCUGACAUCACUUGUGUGGAUCUGGACACCAACACCAUCUCCCAAAAAGAUGACAAGAAGGCUCUAACGUGGAAAAUCUUGCCCAGGAGAGCCUGCAAGCAUCUUCUCAAUAGUCUGAAUAAGCUCUAUCAGCAGCUCAUUGAGGGUGGUCAUUUAAACCAUGAAGAUGUGCAGAUGGAUCACACGGUGACCGACUGUGAGCUUGAAAGUGGAAAAAGCCUGCACACACUAGAGCUCGAGAUCCAGGAGGCCUUCCUGCGCUUCAUGGCUGCCAUCCUGCGAGGCUACCGUUCCUAUCUGUUGCCCAUCACCCAAGCCCCGUCCGAGAAAACCACUGAUGCCAGCUCCCUCUUUGACAUCCAAGGCUUCUUGAAGAGCAGAGACCGCUCCCAUCAGAGGUUUUACUCCCUCAUGACCAAGACUCAAAUGUUCAGUCGUUUCAUAGAAGAGUGCUCCUUUGUCAGUGAUAAAGAUGCCAGCCUGGCCUUCUUUGAUGAGUGUGUUGAUAAGUUAUUUUCCAGUGGAGGAAAGAUGGACAGUGAGCGACCAGAGGACGCCAGACUGAUCGAACUGGAUGAAUCGCACCGCAGCGAGCACACAGUCUACAUCAACCCUCCAGAGCUGCCUCCGCCAUCGCAGGGAGAGGAGCAUCCUCUGUGCUAUAGCUACUCUGCAUUUCCUGUGCUAAAUGCUGAGCUUCUGGAGCCUUUGGAGGGAGCAAGUCCUUCAUCGGCAGGCAUAGCCUCACGCCACAGCAGUCCAGCCAGCCCCACAGCCAUCUUUAGACGCUCUAAACAGGAGAUCAAAUCAGCUCAAAGGAUGGCCAAAACGUAUUCAUCUAUGCCUCAGAUGUGGUCCAAGUGUCUGCUUCGCCACUGCUACGGCCUGUGGUUUAUCUGCUUGCCAGGAUUUGUUGGCAACUGCCACUCCAAGGUGCGAGCGCUGCGUACGGCUUAUGAUGUGCUGAGGAAAAUGCAGGACAAAAAGCUGCAGGCUCCAGAUGAGGUUUGUUACCGUGUGCUGCUGCAGCUGUGUGGACAGUACAGCCAGCCAGUCCUGGCUGUGAGGGUGCUGUUUGAGAUGAAGAAGGCUGGAGUUCAACCCAAUGCUAUCACAUAUGGGUACUAUAACAAGGCGGUAUUGGAGAGCACCUGGCCAUCGACCACCAGGGGAGGAUACUUUCUAUGGGGAAAGCUGAGGAACGUGCUCCUCGGUGUGCUCCAGUUCAAGCAAGCAGGAAGGAAACAACGGAACUCCCAAAGAGAUCCUCAUCUUUCAGACGGCAGCGAUCUAGACACAGUCAGCCAUGGCAGUUUGGACAGCGCUAAUGACUCUGCUGAGCGCACCUCCAUCGACACCGACUUCACUAAAAUGGACUCCAGCGAUGAUGGAUUUAGUACAGAUGAUAAUGAUUGCAACACAGUUCACCUCUCUCAUCCCCUUUCUCUCUGCUCUUAUCUCCCUUUAGACGGCAGCGAUCUAGACACAGUCAGCCAUGGCAGUUUGGACAGCGCUAAUGACUCUGCUGAGCGCACCUCCAUCGACACCGACUUCACUAAAAUGGACUCCAGCGAUGAUGGAUUUAGUACAGGUGAACAGUCAGACCAAGGCUAUGAUUCCUUGUCUAAGGAGGAAGAGAGAUUGUGCAGCAGAGAGAGUGAUGGCACAGCCCUGGUGGAAGACAAAGGAGUCAAGUCAAGCAGUGGCCUCAGGCUGGCUUCCAGUCCAUCUAGUGACACUCUUCUGAGUGGAGCUUUGCCAAAGGCAGAGAGGCCAAAUUCUCUGGACUUGUCUGCUGGACAGGGAACUCUGAGGCUCAGUGUCCCCAUUCUAAGUACAUCAAAGCAGCUUCACCUUGCAUCUGACAGACUGCAUGAAGUAGAGGAAGAGGUCACAGAGACUGAUAAACAGAAACACCCAGUGGAGAGGGCCGGCGUUAUCUGCAAUGCCGGGACAGUGAGGAGGACAGGUAUUGAGAUGGGAUUUGAUCCCCUGUCGCUGAUGGCAACAGCGACCGUACAGGAAUGUGACCAUGACAACAGCAGUGCAUCCAACUCUAGGCGCAACCUGGCCGAGGAGAUUGAAACGUACAUGAAUAAUGGCAACAGCCCCUUGAGCAGCCGCACGCCCAGUAUGGACCUGCAGAACCCCUCAAGCCCUUUGUUCCGCUCAGCCUCUUCUCCCCACUCCUCCCCGCAAUCCUCAACCCUAGUUCGAUCCACUACACACCUCCCACUGCCUGCCAAAACAAAGGAGAGGCUGAGGCACUCACCAUCUCUUCCUCUUGGUAUUUGUAACAAAGACAGAGAGAGGCCUCCCUCUUUGGUUUCACCGUCAUCACCCACUCCUUCCACUUCAUCGUUCUCCAUGGAAACACUGUUCACCCCAACUCUCGACAUCUUCAAGAGCAGCGUUAUAUCAGCAGGAAAGGGUGUGGCUGAGAAAGCUAGUCGUCUCUACUCUCGUUUGUCCUCUCAAACUUCACUAACACAGGACGCAAACUGUGACCGCAUGAGUGUGUCCUCACUGACCUCAGGAGAGGCCGAUUGCUCCUCGCUGCUUGAUAAUGACUCCUGUCUAGAUCCAGAUGGAUUUACAUCCCCACAGCAUGGUAGCGUGUCCCGAGUCAGGAGAAGCCCCGUUGGGCAUCAUCAUACUAACCUGGGCAGCCCUGGCACCCCAAACAGAGUGUUCAGACACAACUCCUUUUCUGGUGGUUUGGCACUUCCCUCCAAAACUCCUCACACUCCAGAUUCCUCCCCCGACACCGGCCGCUUCCAACCCACUCCCAAUUACACCGUAGAGGUGUUGAUGUCUAGCUGUUCACUUUGUAAGACAUGUGACUGUCUGGUGUAUGAUGAGGAGAUAAUGGCAGGAUGGACGGCAAAUGACUCAAACCUCAACAGCACUUGUCCUUUCUGCGGCACUGCCUUCUUGCCUUUUCUCAAUGUGGAAAUCAAAGAUCUGAGACCGCACAGCAGGUCGUCUAAGAAAAGCAAUCCUGUUAAAGAGGAGGAUACAUCACUGCCACCCAAUCCCGAGGAAAAAAUCUCCACAACAGACGGUGCAGCUGAGGCAUCUGCAGCUCCUGCACAGAAGCGGGAGAGCAGUGGGGGUGCUGGCCAAGCCCCAGCCUCAUCCUCGUCCUCCUCCUCUUCCUGCUCCUCUGCUUCUGCUCCUGUAACAGUGCCCUACUUGAGCCCUCUGGUUCUGUGGAAGGAGCUGGAGAGCCUGUUAGUGAAUGAGGGCGACCAGGCAAUCUCCUCCCCAAGCAUUGUUGACCAACAUCCCAUUGUCUUCUGGAACCUUGUUUGGUACUUCAGAAGGCUCGACCUGCCGAGUAACCUGCCAGCUCUUAUCCUGGGCUCCCAACACUGUAGCCAUGAAGACCAGACUCCUCAGAUGCUGUCAUCGGAGGACAGCAAGCAGGUUCUCGUGAGGAUUAUGUGGGACAAUUUGAAGUUGCACCAAGACAAAGUUCAACCCUGCUACGUCCUGUGGAACACCCACUGUGCCAACUCGCUGGUUCGCUCCGGGUUAUGUGAAGAAGGCCAACUCUUCACUGUGGAGCUCCUGCAGGGUUUCGUGAGGAGCAUUAAGAAGAGUGAUGUGCAUCAGCCCAUGAGCCAGAUCAUUCAGCUGUUGGGGCCUGAGUUAGGUUUUAAAAGACAGAGGAGUCUCUACAGAGAUUUAUUGUUCCUUGCUCUGGUGGCUUUGGGGAAGAACAACAUUAAUAUCAGUGCUUUCGAUCGCGAGUACAAGCUGGCAUACGAUCGCCUCACCCCCAACCUGGUUAAACUGACACACAACUGUGACCGGCCCCCUGGAGCAGGGGUCAUGGAGUGUAGGAGGACAUUUGGACAGCCCGGUUUGUGAACCUCUUGUCCCCCUUCUGUCGCUUUUUUUCCUCCCUCCAACAGUCACUGCUGCUGUUGUUGUUGUUUGUUUGGUUUUUUUUUCAAACUGCUCUUCAGACUCAGGACCAGCUCAUCUGACUGGAGCAUUAAGCUCUUGUAAGCACAAUGGGACUUAACAUAAUGCAACUGCCAUGAGUUUCUCAAAAACUGUCAGAGCUGAGAGGCAUGAAGUGACAGGCCUUGUAUUUGUAAAUACUUUGAAGAUAUUUUCUGUAUAAAUGUUUGCACAGUUAUUACACGGUCUACUUUAUGCCUCUGUUACUGUUGAAGCUGUGAAUAAGUAGGUACAAGUAAGUGUAAGUUCACCUCGUCGAAAUUCCUCAGUGGUCCUGGUGACCUUGUUAAGACUGUUGUUGACUGUGUGUACUUUUAGACGUUCAUGUUUUUACAAAGCACUUUGAUAAGAUGAGCACUUGCCAUUUGUUCUCAUUUACAUGGGGCUGUGUCUCUGCCACGCACACAUUAGUCAUGGUUCUGUCUAAAAAUUCCACAGGUUCAAGUUUGUAAAGGCAAAUCACUUCCUCUUCAUGUACACCUCAUAAAGCAGACAGAUUAAACUCAUAUACUGAAAUACACUAAACUAGGUUGUAACCUCAUAAAAUUAUAAACCACAAAAUUGUUUCUGAUUCAAGAAUGGAGCCAGUUAAUUUAUAUGCACAAUGUUUAUUUGUUUUUGUACAAUGUACCAAAAGAUCCCAAAAGGGAAUAUUAUAUAAUUCAUUAAUUUACAGUUUGGGGUUUUUUUUUAGGCAAUAUCUUUUUUUAAAGUGAUGAUUAAAAUUUUGUGUUAAAUGUGAUUUUGCAAGGAUGGAUUUCCUUAAAAACAGUACAAUCAAUCAAAAGGAGAUAAAUGUUUUCUGUCAACAUUUUCUUUUAUAAAGACUUUGAGUCACACUAAUGGGUUCAUAAUAAUGUACAGAGCAUUUGACUCUAGAAUUUUGUAUAUUUUCUUUUUGUCUUCAAUGUAUGGUGUCGAUGUUUUAGAUAUUUGGACAACAGUGCACUGUUUAGUGUGACAUACAGAGUAUUGAUGGAUGUUUUACCCACUUAUACUAACCGGUCUUGGAACAGACGGUAGUGCAGGCUUAUUUGCACUGAGAAUAUUUAAAGAUAUAUAGAUGUCAAAGGCAUUUCUUGGACUUGAAAAACAGCUCCGACCUGCCCUCAUUCAGAAAUCACUUUAAAACACAAGUUUGACAGUUCACUCUUUCACGAUCAACUGACAAAAAACCUGGAGUGAUGCAGCUCCACAGCUUAUUGCUGGACUUUGCAGUAACUGAUGAUACAAUGCUGGAUUAUAUAAGUCUGUGUGCUUGAAAUAAAACACCAAUCUCACAGCAUGUAGACCAGUAUUUUAGCCAACUUGUAAAAAAAAAAGUCUGGGUAAAAAAACAAACAAACUGAAUGACCAAAACAUAAUUUUAUGUCUAUGUGUUGUUUACACUAAGUGUCAAUUUUAACAAUGUUUCCAAUGUAUUAUUUAUCAUUUGUAACACAGAUACUGAUUUGUAUGAUUUUUACAUUUAAAAAAAAAGAAAUGAAAUUUCUUCCUUAGGUGGAUGUAUAGUUUGACUUCAUUUAUGAAUAAAGACAUUUAUU